AUGGCUGCAUUGCAAAAUGAAUCGGAAGAUUUAUUGAAAGAACCAAAAAUAGAAAAUAAUAACGAACCAGAACAGAUAGAGAAUAUUGUUAAAGUAGAAAUAAUAAAUGAAGAAGAAGAACAACAGCAACAACAAAUAUCUGUAACCAGUGAACUUCUACAAACAGAAAUAGUCAAAUUAACAGUUGAAAGUGAAAUGCCUAUUGAAGAUUUGAGAAAAUUGUAUACAAGUUCAUCUAAUAUAGCAAAUAUGCCAACACCAAAACAAGAAGAAACCAGUACGUCAAGUGAAGAUUCUACUGAUCAAGAAGAUGGUAACGGAUAUCAACGUUUAUUAAUUGCUGAACAUCCAGCUAUGAAUGAAAACGGUGAAGAAGAAGAUAUGGAUGAUUCAUCAUUUUCAUUCUAUUGGCAAAAAGCUAUUAAUAUUGGUGACCAAUAUCAAGCUGUUGUUCCUGAUUUACUUCUAUAUACUGAUCAAAAUGAUGAAGAAUCACCUAAUGAUCAAUUACUUUGGUCUCCACCUACUGAUACAAACCAAGAUGAGAAUUCGACAGCAGCUCUGAAAUAUUUAAAGUUAGCCUCUAAAGAACAUCGAACAGCUGAUCAAGAGAAUGUACUUGAAGUAUUUUUAGCAUCAAAUUAUAAUAUUGAUCAAGCUUUAGAGAAACUUCGAGAGCCAACAACGAAUAAAAAUUUCUUUGCUUCUGCGCCAUGGUCGUUAACAGAAUGUGAUCAAUUUGAACAAUGUUUUAAAGAACGUGGCAAAGAUUUUUCAAUGUUUAAGAUACCCAGUCGUACUACGAAUGAACUCAUAUUUUUCUAUUAUAUUUGGAAAAAAUCAGCUCGUCAUGAUGUAUUUGUUCGACAAAAUCGAGUUGAAAAACGGCGAUUUCAUUUACAUCCAUACGUUACUGAUUAUUUAGAGAAAUUUUUUGUUGAACAAGAACUCCAAUUGAUUAGUGCAUUUGAACAAAAUAAUUCUUCGUUAUCAUCAUCAUUAAAUCCACAAUCAAGUGGACAUGAUCAAUUAGUAUCAAAACGUCGUUUAAGUUCAGAUUUAUUUCUUAAACCAAUGACAACAAUCAAACGACCAAAAUCAUUAAUACAACCCAAUGAUAGUGAUCUAAUUGAAAUCAAUGAAAAUCAACAAACUGCACUAAGUACAAGUCCUAUAUCAAUAAAAAAACUUCAUGAUGACGAUAAAUAA